GGGAUGUGUCGAGGGCGGCUUGGGAGGGGCUUGGAAAGUUCAGCUGUUGAGACGCGCACCCGAGCAUUCCUCUGCAGGCUGCCGCCGCUGCUGCUACUGUUUCAGCAGGGGGGUGUUUGUUUGCUUUGUUUUUGUUUUGUGAAGGUUUUAAUUAUAAGAGAGGUGAUUAUACCGGCGGGAUAGCUUGCAGAAAGUAUUCCAACUGGUCUGUUUCAGCUGCUGUACUGCACUGCUGCUGCUACUCAGUUUUAUUCGCUGUUUUGACAAAGGCGUGUUUUAAAGAAAUAAAGUUUAUUAAAAAAAAAAAAGCAAAGACGGAGGAAAGAAAGAGUCUUGAAAUAUGAUCACCUUUUUGUUUCUGGGGCUUUGUGUUCUCAAAGUGGCAACUUCACUGACACAGUUUGCCUCGAUCUACCCGCUGGACCCAGCUCUGCCGAUCGGCUCCUCUCUGACGGCGACGUGCACAGUGAGCUCGGAGCUGGGCCUGGAAGCCAGGACUCUGUACUGGACCCUGAACAGCAAGCGCCUCCCCAGCGAGAGCUACACCGUCCUGAACCGCACGGCUCUCGCAGUCUCCCUGCAACGGCUCAACGGCUCCCGCCAGCAAUCGGGGGACAACCUGGUGUGCCACAGUGCCGACGGGCACAUCCUCGCCGGCUCCUGCGUCUACGUGGGGAUGCCCCCAGAGAAACCAGUGAACCUCAGCUGCUGGUCCAGGAACACCAAGGAUCUGACGUGCAGAUGGGUCCCGGGCGGGAAUGGGGAGACCUUCCUGAGGACCAAGUACACCCUCAAGUACAAACUGCGGUGGUACGGUCACGAGAAGGAGUGCGAGGACUAUAACCAGGGGGAGCCCUACUCCUGCUACAUUCCGAGAGACCUGGCCCUGUUCACGCCGUACGAGAUCUGGGUGGAGGCGUCCAAUCAGCUGGGAGCGGCCGGCUCUGAUGUCACCAUCCUGGAUAUCCUGGAUGUGGUGACCACAGACCCCCCCUCGGACGUGCAGGUGAGCCGGGUGGGGGAGCUGGAGGACCAGCUGAGCGUGCGCUGGAGCACCCCCCCCGCCCUCAAGGACUUCCUCUUCCAGGCCAAGUACCAGAUUCGCUAUCGCGUGGAGGACAGCUCCGAGUGGAAGGUGGUGGAUGACGUCGGGAAUCAGACCUCGUGCCGGCUGGCCGGGCUCAAGUCUGGCACAGUGUACUUCGUCCAGGUGCGCUGCAACCCUGUGGGGAUCUACGGCUCCAAGAAAGCUGGGAUCUGGAGCGACUGGAGCAACCCCACCGCCGCGUCCACGCCGAGGAGCGAUCGGCUGGGAGCCGGCGUGUGCGACCCUAAGGCUGGCGAGCAGAACUCCACCCUGCGCCGGGAGCUCAAGCAGUUCUUUGGCUGGGUGAGGAAACACGCCUACGGCUGCACGGGCCUCAGCAUCAAGCUGUACGACCAGUGGAGGGUGUGGCUGCAGAAAUCACACAAAACUCGCAACCAGGUAGAUACUACAAGGAGAUAAAUCCUAGCCAAUCUGUACAAACCAUCUCAGAAAAAUAUACGGGACUUAUUACCGUACUUGGAGAAAAAGACAACCCUUGCAGGCAGUGAUGUCGUGGUACAAAACAGAUUGAAUGCUGGGAAGACUUUGGUUAAUCACAUACACUGUAACGUUGUACAAUACCUCUUUGCAAAGCAUUUCUGUAUUUUUUGCUCUACUGGAGUGUCCCCCCCGUCCCCCCCCCAAUCAUUUACCAAUGAGUCCUAAAGGUAAUCCUUGUAUUGCAUUGAAGUCCUGUGGACCUGGUGCGUACUGAUAGAUAGCACAUUGAACUCCAGAAUCUAGUUUCCUACUCAUUCCAGAAUCCAGGACAAGAAUCUUGGGAAGUUUCCCUGCAAGCGGCAGCCAAAAAUGAAAUAUUUACCACGGAAGUCGUUUCACCUUUAAUGGAACUUCCGUAAGGUCGAUUUGCAGAGGCGAUCUCCUCUGUUGCCCCAUUCUUACUGGUGCCCUUUGUAACUUGUGCAAUGUUGCUUAUUCUAAAGUCAUUUUUCGUGCUUUGCACCCCUUUGUUUUAAUGCGAGCAUCAUCUGUAAAAGAUGCUCGCAUUAAAGAAAACAGACAGCAUUAAAUACGAGUGAACGAGACCCUCUGCGUUCCGCGUAAUUUCAAUCACUUCCAGACACUGCUUCGAAUUGAUAGUUCAGCAUUCUCACAGCAAUUAAACACAAACAUUGUGUGAUCAGCAGGUAUCGAUCGUGGACGACCAUCGUGCUUUCAGCAUGUGUUGAUGCGGUGUGCAUUACCUAGGUGUCGUGGAGAGGUUACAAGGAAAAGUCAGUUAUCUUGCAGGUCACAGCGAGCAUUGUCAUUGUUAUAAAGAAAACUAAAUUCAACAGAGGUCAGAUAUUUUUUUAAGUAGUUUUUAUUCUGUGCUGGAGGGCCUAAGGCUGUUCGAAACCAAAGCAUUUUGUGCAGUUAUCAAUAAAUAAAAAAAUCCAAAUAAA